UUUUUGUACAUUACAACAUAGGAUCAUCAAGAUGGAGAAACAAACUGAGAAGGAAACAAAGCCAACAAAUGAGCCAGAACAAGGUAAAGGAAGCACUGAAGAGGUUCCAUUUAAUAAGGACAGUCCUUAUCUGAAAUAUGAUAACUUAGAGGAUUAUAAGAAACAAGGUUAUGGUACAGAAGGUCAUCAGCAACCAACGGAAGGUCGUGGCGCUGGUUCUACAGAAGCACCGACUCCCUCUGGUGCUGAUGUUUCCUCUGAGGCUGAAUUUAAAGCUGCUGAAGCUGUUAAUCACAAAUGAGUUCCUUAGUUUAUGAACUCUUUUGAGUUUCUUAAUUUGUGUUAUAAUAAAAUGUUGUUAUGAUAAAAUGUUGUAUUUUGUUUCGUUCAGAUAA